UAUAUUAUUUAUAUAAAGCUAACGAUUUUCAAACUCCCAUCUACCAAACUUACUAAUCCUUAAUUCUUACAGUCCCCAACCAAACCCCGCUCUGCUCAAUGGGGAAUUGCAUCCGCAAACCCAAGACCUCCGAUGGCGACAAACCAGAAGCAGCUGGUCAGGACACCAACGAUGCCAAGGAGACCAUUUUGAACUCCAACAAUGGCGAAGCUACUGUCAAGGAUAAGACUGAUCCAAUGGCGGCCGAUGAAAAUGGAGAUAGCAGCAAGGAUGAGAACAAGGAUAGUAUUAAACAGGAGGCUGAAGUUAUGAAGGAGACAACGCCGGAGAAGGAUGAGCCAAAGACUGAAGCGCCUGCGGAGGCGGAGAAAAUUGCAGGGGAGACGUUGGAGGAGAAGAAGGUGGAGGUUUCCACAUGAUGCCCAAGAUUUUAGAGAAAAUGUUACAUAUGUUAUAUGAAUUAUAUUCACGGAGGCCACUCAGUAUUCAUUUUUUGCGAAUAUGAUUCAUCAUCCAUAUGGAUACAUAUAACGUAUGAAAUAUUUUCUCGAGGUUUCCAUGAACUGUGAGAUGAUUGUCAAAUA